AUGCCGCACGCAGAAGGUAGCUCGCCCGCUGCCGUCAAGGACGAGCCCGUCGACGACGCUGGCAUCACCAGCAGCAUCCCGCAGGGCGACGACGACGAUGUCGACAUGCUCGACGCCAGCCAUGCCGCCACGGACGCGGCCGCCGUCAAAAGGUCCGACGUCAAGCUCGACGACCUCUUUGCCCACGACGACUCAGACGACGAGUUCCCGUCCUCAGCGCCCGUCAAGGUCGCCCCCAGCUCACCGCAAGGUCCCGGCUCGCCCACAGAUAUCUCUGCCCUCAAGGCGUCCGAUCCAGAGGUCAUGCGCAGCUUCUACCAGCGCCUGUUUCCCUGGCGCCAGCUCUUCCAGUGGCUCAACCACAGCCCGACGCCUACCAACGACUUUGGCAACCGCGAGUUUGCCUUUACUCUACAAAACGACGCGUAUCUGCGUUAUCAGUCCUUUGCCACGGCGGAUCUUCUCCGCAAAGACGUCCUCCGCCUCAUGCCCUCCCGUUUCGAAAUCGGCCCCGUCUACACGACCAACCCGCGCGACCGCAAGACGCUCCGCAAUUCAUCCGCAUUCAAGCCUCUCGCCAAGGAACUGUGCUUCGAUAUCGAUUUGACAGACUACGACGAUAUACGUACGUGCUGUGACAAGGCCAACAUUUGCAACAAGUGCUGGACGUUCAUGACCAUGGCUAUCAAGGUCAUCGACGUGGCGCUCCGGGACGACUUUGGCUUUAAGCACAUCAUGUGGGUGUACUCGGGCCGUCGUGGUGCGCACGCAUGGGUGUGCGACAAAAAGGCGCGGAGCAUGGAUGACCAGAAGCGCAAAGCCAUUGCCGGAUAUCUCGAGGUUGUCCGCGGUAGUUCACAGGGCGGGAAGAAGGUCAACGUGAGGAGGCCGCUGCAUCCCCAUCUUGCCCGAAGCCUGGAGAUCCUCAAGACACACUUCCAGGAAGACGUGCUCUCCGUCCAAGAUCCCUGGUCCACCGACGAGCGCGCCGAUAGGCUUCUGCAGCUUCUCCCCGAUCGCACCCUCAACGACUCUCUCCGCCGCAAGUGGGAUGCCGCGCCCGGCCGCACCUCGACGUCCAAGUGGGCCGACAUUGAUGCCGUCGCCAAGACGGGUGCCAGCAAGAACCUCGAUGCGCGCGCCCUCAAAGAGGCAAAGCAGGACAUUGUUCUGGAAUACACCUAUCCUCGCCUCGAUAUCGAAGUCAGCAAGAAGCUCAACCAUUUGCUCAAGUCGCCCUUUGUCGUGCACCCCGGCACUGGCCGCGUCUGCGUGCCCAUUGACACGUCCAGCGAUGACACCAUGGAGAACUUUGACCCGCUCGGCGUGCCGACGGUACAGAGCCUCCUCGCCGAGAUUGACGCCUGGAAGGGCAAUGACGAUGAGGACGGCGCCCCUGCAGUGGCGGACUGGGAAAAGACGAGCCUGAAACCGUACGUAGAGUACUUUCGCUCGUUUGUGGCCGGCAUCAUGCGCGAUGAGCGGGAUGCGCGCGUCAAGAGAGAAAGGGAGGAUGAAUCUAUGGAGUUUUAG